GUAAUUUGAAGCUGUUCUGCGGCCAUGGUGACUAUGGUAGAACUUGAAGAGCAAGGUCCUGCCAUGACAGCUCUCGGCUCUCUCUUGAAGCUCACCGAAGUCUUUCUCUGGGACGAUGGUUUGAAGGAGACGAAAGACAGGUCCUUUUCCAUGGGACAAACUAAACCAGCUCGCGAUGGUAGUGGUGAAGGCUCAAACCUUCUGGAUUCAGAGUGUGGAACUUUGCCAGAGGAUAUGGAGCUUACUAAACAGAUGAAUGCAUUGGGGCUUCCAGUCUCAUUCCUCACAAAUAAGGAAAAGAGGAACAGAAAGGCGGAAGGCAAAAAAAAGGGUAUGCGCUUGAAGCAUCCAGUCACUUCCCAAGGCUAUGUGGUGGAAGCACUGGAGUCCUCCAAAGUGAGUGUGGGGAAGAUUGUAUCUCCCGUUAAUUUUGAUGGUAACACAGGCAGUUCUUUGUGUUGUAUGUCAAUGAUGGGUCAAAGUGAAUCAUCUUCCUCUGAUGUUGCAGCGGAUGCCAUUAAAUUUCAGAGCCUCUCUGUUGAAGGAGAUAAUCCAGCAAGUUCAACUGAGAUUACUAGCGAUGCUUCCAAGGAACAAGAUCGUGAUGGAAUAUUGGGUGUUGUUUGUAAUGAUGGCCAGGAUUGUGAUUCUUUACACGGCAGUGCUGUGGUCAAUGACACAAUGAAAAUUUCAGCGAGCACUACUGAUUUAAAUGAUGGAAUUUUCUCAGGAAGCUGCUCAACAGAUGCUGCUAUUAGCCAGGAACCAGGUGAAAGAUUAAUGGAGCAUGAUCACUUAGAGUGUUCAUUGAUGACUUUGCAUGAAGCAGAAGAUGCCAAGAUUUGCGAGGAUUAUGUCCCCGAGAAACCAUGUGUUUCUGAAUCAGUUUCAUAUUCCACAUGUUCAGAAGUGCUUGACCAUGAUGGAACUGACAGCCAGGACAACGGUGAUGUUGGAGACUGGAUGGUAUAUUGGGAUUCUUACUACAUGAGAAAUUACUUCUAUAAUAUCAGAACACGUACUUCGACAUGGCACCCACCCCAAGGCAUGGAACAUAUAUCAACUGUUGACACUACAUAUAAGUCAAAUGAAAUGACUGCUCAAGUAAUUGAUAUGAAUGUUACCACUGAUUUAGAGACAACAGAUUUAUGUGGUUUGAGUAAAACUGAAUCAUUUGAAGAAGCAAUCAGUGAUGAUGUUUCACAGGGUCAGCCAUAUUGUGAGCUCUCGGGGGGCCUUGAACUCACUGUUGACAAUUCUAUGUCCGAUACAACUUUGCCAACUGUCAGUCUAAGCAGAUGUCUGGAACAUUCAGUUGAACUUAAUGAAAGCAAUAACACCGGUAAUGAUGGAAACGCAUCAUACUUGUCAUCAAAUGUCCAGGACCUUGCUAGUUUCAGAAAUAAUACCAAGCAGUUGGUUGCCGAUGAGGUCUACAAAAAUGAUUUGGAACCAAUUCUUGCAGAAAAAACUGAUGAACCAAAUACUAUUGAUCUCUAUAAUGAACCUAGUAAAAUUAACUCUUGUGAGGAAACUCUUGAAGAUUUUGAAGGUGAUGACGCCUUUCAAAUAUUAGAUAUGAGCAGCUUGUCCAAUACAUACACUGAAGAAGUUUCUGAAGAUUUUAAUAUGCAUUCAGGAACUGGAGUUCCUGCAAUAAAUGAGAUGGAAAUGCAUCAUGACCUUUCUGUAGUAAAACGGAAAAAGAAAAUGAGAAGAAUGAAAAUUCAGAGGAAAUUAUCUAAUGAAGAACUUCUUUUUCAAGGGUUAUUCAAAGAGUUUUCAGCUGAUAUUGGCAAAUAUUGGUGUCAGAGAUACCUAUUAUUCUCCAGAUACGAUGAUGGUAUAAAAAUGGAUGAGGAAGGAUGGUUCUCUGUUACUCCAGAGCCUCUAGCUAGGCAUCAUGCAGAACGUUGUGGUAGUGGCAUCAUCAUUGACUGUUUUACUGGAGUUGGUGGGAAUUCCAUCCAAUUUGCACAUAUAAGCAAACAUGUGAUAGCAAUUGAUAUUGAUCCAAAGAAGAUUGAUUAUGCGCACCAUAAUGCUGCCAUCUAUGGGGUUGAUGACAGGAUUGAUUUCAUAAAGGGGGACUUUUUCGAAUUGGCACCAAAGCUGAAGGCAGACACAGUCUUUUUGUCACCUCCGUGGGGAGGACCUGAUUAUGCAAAAGUAAAGACAUAUGACCUUAGGAUGCUUAAGCCACAUGAUGGAUAUUUUCUCUUUAACACUGCAAAAGAAGUUGCUUCUAGGAUUGUCAUGUUUCUUCCGAGAAAUGUUGAUCUCAACCAAUUAGCAGAGUUGGCUUUAUCAGGGAGUCGACCAUGGUCAUUAGAGGUCGAGAAAAAUUUUUUGACUGGCAAGUUGAAGGGAAUAACUGCUUACUUCAGCGACAUGACUGGAAGACAAUGAUAGUUUUAGCUUUAUUCAUAAGAGAUGAAUAUUGAGCAGCUUUCAAGGGUGCACGUUAAUGCAAUUGCAGUUUUGAUUUUGAAUCGCAGAAACCAUUUGCCUUGUGUUGGCCGGAGCCGCAUGCAAUUGAACUUUUUUCACUCUAUAACUAUUAUUGGUGAGAUGAAAAGUUUCAGCUCUGUAUUAUUGUACAGUCAUCUAAACUAGUGUGAUGCAAUUCAAGUCAUGUUGUAAAAGUAACAGUCAUGUAUCAAUGAGCUGUGUUCUGAUUGAAAUACAUACAUAACUUUUACUGCAAGAAAACGUUAUUUUUA